CAAAAAGCAAGUGAAAGAAAGACCCCCCACCCCACCCAGUGCCGUGGAGGUGGAGGUCGAGGUGGAGGGGAAGGAGGGAAAACCCAAAAUUUUAAACCCAGACAAACCCACCGCAUUCCACAUAUUUCUCUCACCAACCACGUUUCGGUUUUGACAUUCCCCCAACUUUCCCUUGCACCCCUUCUCCUCUUAAUACAUCAAAUUCCUAAUUUCAAAUUUCCCUUACGCUAUUACUCUUUCCGACGUACAACUCUCCAACUUCCUCAAACCACUCGUAACACCCCUCCUCCCCCCUUUCUAUUUUCUCAAACUUCGUUAAUCAAUUCGUCGAAAUUAAGGCUUCUACUUGUUGGUAGAUGGCGGACGGCGGCGGCGGUCGGGUCGGCCCUGACUUCAAUCUGCCCGACGAGAUAUUGUCGGUCAUACCCACGGACCCGUACGACCAACUGGAUCUGGCGCGUAAGAUUACUUCCAUGGCAAUCGCGUCGCGUGUCUCUAAGCUGGAGACGGAGGCGGGGAGGCUCCGGCAGAAGCUCCACGAGAAAGACCGGCUUAUUGAGGAGCUUGAGGACAAGGUCUCCCAGCUAGAUAGCGCGUAUCAAGACGCCGAGUUGCGGCUGAAACUCACGCGCGAAGAUAAUAUGAAGUUAUUGAAGGAGAGAGAUUCCUUGGCGCUGACUGCAAAGAAGCUCAGUCGUGAUCUGGCCAAGCUGGAGUCUUUUAAGCGGCAAUUGAUGCAGUCACUGAAUGAGGAAAAUUCACUACAAACGGAAACUGUAGAUAUUGGCACUUAUGACCAAACAGUGCCCAAGGCCUAUUCGUCAAAUGAUGAGUCAAAUGGCUACACAAAACAUCAUUCCUAUGGAGGCUCUACUGACAGUGCAAGCAUAAAUGAUGAUGUCUCUAAACAAGCUGGGCAAAGAUUUUCUAUCACGCCAUAUAUAACACCGCGUCUUACUCCUACUGGAACUCCAAAAGUGAUAUCUGCUAGCGUGUCCCCGAGAAGGUACUCUGCUGCUGGCUCUCCGCAGAGAACCUCCGGCGCUACUUCUCCUACAACUCAUUAUGAGGGACGAGGAUCUCUUUCAUCAUGGUACCCAUCCAGCCAGCAAUCAUCGGCAGCUAACUCUCCUCCUCGGGCACGCCCACCGCCAGCUCGUACUCCUCGAAUUGAUGGAAAGGAGUUCUUCCGUCAAGCCAGGAGUCGUUUAUCACUUGAGCAAUUCAGUGCAUUUCUCGCUAAUAUAAAGGAAUUAAAUGCACAAAGACAAUCGCGUGAGGAGACGUUGAGAAAAGCAGAAGAGAUUUUUGGGAUAGAAAACAAAGAUCUCUAUAUAUCAUUUCAAGGGUUGCUUAACCGCAACAUGCAUUAGAAGUACUAUUAUAAGCACGCUUUGUGCUUUCUCUCGUUUAAGAUUGCUUUCCGAUUGGCUGAUUGAAUGCUUGAUUCUUCUCCGUUUACUCUGGAGAUGUGUUGUCCGAGUACUCAGGGCCGCCAGAAUUACAACUAGUCCAUAUUAAACAAAUACAGUUCCUUUCCUCCAAGUAAUUGCUGGCAAAUUUUUGAUUGAAAGUUGUACAAAUGCUGCUAUCAACAAUCUUAUUAUCAAAUGAGAGCAUAAUCUUUUCAGGACAUAUGUCUCUGUCCUUUUAUUUAAAGUAACGACAUAUGUAAGUGAUGGCAUUUUUAAUAUUGCUGGCUAUGUGUGCUGCUAGUCUGUA